AUGAACCCGAGCAGCACCAACAACCCUCGAGCGCUACUGGUAUUGUUUGUUGGGCUGGUUAUUAGUGUAUCUGCCACCUCCGAUGUCUUCUCCUGCUUUUUGCUAUUCACAAACCACUACCUCCAGAAGUCGGGCACGAUGACCAUAGGCAAUUUGUCGACGGUCGAUGCGUGCCUGGAUCGAUGUCUCCAGGCGGACAAUCUGAAGCUGUUGAAGUGCCGCUCGGUUAUGUGGCGGCGCGACACUGGAGACUGUGUCCUCAGUCGACAUUCAAAAGACGACCGUCCGGCCAGCUUCCGAGUGGCCCCCAAACUCGAGGUCGACUUCUACGAGAAUCUUUGCACAAAUGGCAAAGUUCGUGUGGUACGACGGGUGCUCGACGACGAGAACCCCUCCGAGACGGCCGAAUUUGCGACCGAUAAGGAAUUUGGCCGAACGACGAUGCGCGUCAGGGAUUCAGAAUUUGCCGUCGAUGACAAGACCGGCCUUGUCACCCAGCCCUUCACAUCCGGCACCGCCCAAUUGACGAAGCAGACCCGGGCAACAGCGGACCCUGUGUUCACCACCCCAGCGCACAACGUUUUCGGCAAGCGGCGGCGGGCCAAAGUCUUCAGCUUUGCGCUGACAACUCCUAGCGCCCCAACCACUCGAGCAUUUGUUGAAGAGCCAGUCUCAAGGUCAACCCCAUCACCAAGAAGCCCAAUCCCGAGUCCAUCGGCUUCACCGCUCGGCGACGUUAACGCGAACAUGCAACCGAUUCACCCAAUCGUCGUCACGUCGCCGCUAAACCGAACAGCCCUCGUCAACAAUAUCUGGAGCUCGAGUGCCGACCGCGCGCCCACCAACUUUUUCGCCAAGCAGGACCAAUUUUAUAGGGCGCCAAAAGUUCGCGGCUCGGUGCUUUUGGUACCCGACAGCCAGGCGCCGCCUACACGAGCGCCCGUGUUUUUCGAGGCUAUAGUGCCGGCUAUGCGCCCCAUCCGCCCGGGACCCGUCACAAGGCACUAUUAUCGACCGGAAAAUCGAGCAGCCCCGACGCCCGUGCCGGCGACGAGUCUCGAAUCGGAGCACAUGGUCGAUUCCGAUCCACUCGUGAGCCAAAGAACGGCGGCGGUCGUCAGUCCCGACUUCCGAGCAACGAUCAACCCCAUCCCUACCCGCGCACCAACUUUGACCGGAAGAGAACUUGCCGAUGCGCCCUGCUUCCUGAAAUUCAGCCGACGAGCUCUGGCCGGCUUCGAGCAGAAGACGACCAACGCGACACAAUUGCGAGAUUGCCUCAUCUCAUGCCUGUAUUCCACCGACUUCUUCUGUGCCAGCGUCAAUUUUGACGCUACCAGAAAGAUUUGUAUCCAAAGCGGAGGCAGUGCUACCCUGGCGAAUGUCACCUUGUUGCCCUCGCGAAAUAUGGAUUACUACGAGAAUGUCUGCCCGCCACCCCCAGCACAAGCGGCCGAAAAGACGCCGUUGUCUCUGAAGGUGCUCUCGAGAUGUAUGACGCCCAUCGUACACACCAUGCUUGCAGAGCUUGACGCGUCAAUCGUGUCGAACGUUGAUAGUCUGGAAGAAUGUCAAAGUGAGUGCUUGCGGGCAAGGUGGAGACGUGCCCGCGUCUGCUCAGCUAUCAACUGGGUCCCCGCGACGCGGGGCUGCAUGCUGUUCGCCCCGAUGUACGACCGUCAGUUGCUGACGUACUCGCCGCAUGCCACCUUCUUCAUGAACCUAUGCACUGACGAAAACUUUGACGCACCACCCGGCCAUACCCACGACGAUUAUUACGAAGAUUUUGCUCAG